UAGCGACCACACUAUCCCGCGCUCUCUUCGCUCUCCGUCCUCCGUGGGGUCGCGAGGGAAAGAUAAAGGCGAUAAAACCCUAAUCCCAAUCUCGAAGAUUUUGGAGUUUGGACCGGCGGAAGGAGAAAGAGAGGAAGAAGAGGAGGGAAGCCAAGGAAUGAAGAACCUUUACCCCAAAGGGAAGGGAAAGAUCCACCCGUCACCGGCGGACGGUGGCGGGCCGUCGUCCCCGAGCCAGGAUGUGCUCGCGGUGCUCAAGCUCCUCCCGGCCGCCAUCCUGGCCCUCACGGUGGCGCUGACCUACCAGGAUAAGGAAGUGCUGGCGUACCUGAUCACCAGGUCCAUCCAUGGCCCGGCGACGCUCGCCGCCGGCGCGGAGCGUAGGCGGUGCCGUGGGCAUCGGCCGCUCUUCGACUGCGGGUGCUUCGACUGCUACAUCAGCUUCUGGUCGCGGUGGGACUGCUCUCCCGACCGCGAGCUUAUCCACCAAGCCAUCGAGGCGUUCGAGGAGCACCUAGCCAGCCUAGAGAAGAAGGCCGGCGGCAGGGGGCGGCGGAGGGAGCGGAGGGUGGUGGAUAGAGCCGAGAAGGGCAAGAAGAAGAACAAGGAGCGGAGGAAGGCGGUGGUCGAGGAGGAGGAAGAGAAGUCGGUCGAAGAGUCAGCCAUGGCGAAUGAAGCCGCGAGCUUAUCCGGCGAAGUCAAGGAAUCAUCGGAUAUUGUGGAGGCCGCGGCGGAGGAAGACGAGGAGAAGAGCGCAGAAGAAGAGGCGCUGCCGGUGGGCUGCGAGAGGCGGAGGGGAUGGCCGGACGUGAUGGGGCUCUUCAACUCUCGUUUGUUGAGCCUUUGGGGUCCGGGCGUGUGAGGCUUUUUUUUUUUCCUUAUCUUUGAACGAGGAAUAAUAAUAAUAAUAAUUAAAUAAUUAAAUAAAACAGAUUAAAAAAAAAACUAGAGAUGGGGGGAAUUAAAUUUGCAGUUGUUGGUUUGGAAUUUUAAGUUUCUGUAGUGGUUAUGUCUCGAGUUGUGUAGAGUUCUGUAGUCGAGUAUGCAAUGUGUAUGCGACUUAUAGUUGACGAAGUAGCAGAUGAUGUUGGUGGUGUUCAUCAUCGAGAAAGAUGCUGGACAAUUCAGAUGAUAGAUAGAUAGAUAA